CUGACUGUUCUGACUUAAGACAUCUUUCACGCUAUUUAGCAAAGAACAUGGGGGUUUUGAAAGUUGUUGAUGAGUCCUCGCUUCAAAAUGUGUUAUCUUCAUCAGUAAACCAACUGGUAGUUUUACAUUUCUCAGCAGCAUGGGCCCCACAGUGUAAACAAAUGAAUGAUGUUAUGGAGGAACUGUCAAAGGAUGCACAGUACACUAAUGUUCACUUUGCACAGUUAGAAGCAGAAGACCUGCCAGACAUCUCAGAAAAAUAUGAAAUAACAGCAGUACCUACAUUUAUAUUCAUUAAGAACAAGUCCCAGGUUGACAGAAUUGAUGGUGCUAAAGCUGCAGAUCUUACAAAGAAAGUCAAACUUCUCUGUUCUGGACAAACAGGUGUGCCAUUACCUGGAGAUGACAAAAAACCCAGACAGGACUUAAACACCAGAUUAAAAAAUUUGAUCAAUUCUGCUCCAGUCAUGCUCUUUAUGAAAGGAGACCCUGAUACUCCAAGAUGCGGCUUCAGUCGACAAAUAACACAACUUCUAAAGGAGAGGGGAAUCAGGUUCAGCUCCUUUGACAUUCUACAAGAUGAAGAGGUCAGACAAGGUUUGAAGACAUAUUCUAACUGGCCAACAUAUCCACAGCUCUAUGCAAAUGGUGAACUAGUCGGAGGUCUGGACAUAGUGAAAGAACUGAUAGAAUCUGGAGAACUUGAGUCACAGCUUCCUAAACAGACAAGUCUAGAAGACAGAUUGAAAGCACUCAUCAACAAAUCUGAUGUGAUGUUAUUCAUGAAGGGAGAUCCUGAUACCCCUCGUUGUGGUUUCAGUAAACAGAUUACGAGUGUUUUAUCUGAAACAGGACUGAAGUACGACACAUUUGAUAUUCUGACUGAUGAAGAAGUUAGACAAGGAUUAAAGACCUAUUCAAAUUGGCCAACUUACCCACAGCUUUAUGUUAAAGGGGAGCUGAUUGGUGGAUUAGAUAUUGUCAAGGAACUAAAAGAUUCUGGAGAGUUGGAAUCAGUGCUUAAAGGAGAGUGGUGUACAAUAUCAAGGGGAGAACAAGAAAAAUGUCAGAAACUGCAGAGAGUGGCUGCUGAUUUGGUCAGAAGACAAGUGGAAAAGUUUAGAGUUAUUCCCCUUGUAGAGUGCAUCCAGGGAACAGAUAUGUAUGAUUGUAUGAAGAACAUUCAGGAUGAUAACGCAGACAUCAUGGCUUUAGACACAGGUCAGGCUUACUUUGGAGGUCGAUACUACAACAUGAUGCCCAUCUUAGCUGAAAAAUAUGACAUCAGUGGGACAGAUGCUGAUGGUGGAAUGUAUUACUACUCUGUGGCAGUCGCCAAGCGAGGAUCACAGUUUAAUGUGUUUCAACUUCGAGAUAAAAGAGCCUGCUUUCCAGGAGUUGGAACAGCUGCAGGAUGGCUCUAUCCAAUCGGAACAUUUGUGAAGAAAAAUGGAAACACUAACAUAAUGCAGGUUACUGAAUGUAAUGCCAUCGUCAAAACUGCAACUGACUUUUUCAUGUCCAUGUGUUUGCCAGGAGCUUUAACAUCAUUCUACAAUCCAUUCGGAAAUAACCCAGCCCGCAUUUGUGAGUUAUGUCGAGGGAAUUUGGAGAAGAAAUGUACGACAGAUGAUCCUUACGCUGGAUAUGAUGGAGCCUUUAAUUGUAUGUCAUCUGAUGCUGGGGACGUAGCCUUCCUACGCCAUGACACAGUCCAACAGAUGUCCCUUAACUCCACCAACAGACCAGAGAAUUAUGAAUUGCUAUGUCCGAAUGGUAUGAGAAUGCCUGUGACAGAGUAUUUGAACUGUAACUAUGGAAAAAUUGUUUCCAACACUCUGAUGACAUCAUCCCUGAAAUCAAAAAAAGAGGUGGAGGUUUAUAAAACCUUCCUGGUUCAGGCUGCUAAGUGGUUUGGCCCAACCGGAAUUUACAGUGGCGAAUUUAAAAUGUUUGAUUCCCAGGACUGGGCGUAUUUACAGAGGAGAAAUCUCCUCUUCACAGACAGUACUCAGGCUUUGGUUGAUGUAGAAGAUAAAAACACUUACUAUAGCUGGGUUGAUACUGGGUUUUAUGACAUUAUGGAGAACCUGAACACCUGCCCUCUACUGGCUGCCAGACUGUGUGUAAUCUCUAAACAAGAGAAGGCUAAGUGUGAGACCAUGAUGAUGGCCUUUAAUGCUAAGGAUUUACGACCCAGCUUGGACUGUAUCAAGGGUUCGGGGACUGACCAUUGUAUGAGGCUUAUUUCCAGAGGUGAUGCCGACAUGAUGGUGCUGGAUCCUGGGGAUGUGUACUUGGCUGGAAAGAAAUAUGGUUUGGAACCAUUUAUUGUGGAAGAUUACGGUAACAUGAAUGCCUCUGUCCAUGUGGUUGCUGUUGCCAGAAAGAGAGACCAUUAUAUGACAUUGUUUAAUCUCAAAAAAAAGAGAGCUUGUCUGCCAGGGAUUGGACGAGGAGAUGGCUGGAUCAUCCCAAUGAAUAUAUUUAUAGAAACAGAACAGUUCAUCCCCCAACAUUGCACACUUUUUGAAAAUAUGGGCCAGCUAUUUAUUCGGUCCUGUAUUCCUGGAUCGAUGGACAAAGACUACAAUCCUAACCAGAAGCCAGUCAGUCUGUGUGAGGGGUGCGCUGCGGGAGGUUUCAGGAAGUGUCAGAGAACCAGCGAGGACCAGUACUACGGAGCCAGUGGGUCAUUCCGAUGUCUGGUAGAAAAGGGUGGAGACAUUGCGUUUGUGAGGCAUCUGACAGUUCGAGACAACACUGAUGGUAGGAGACAGGCGAUUUGGGCGAGGAAUAGAAGAUCAGAUGACUACGAAUUAAUGUGUAAAGAUGGCCGCAGAACCAACAUUGAUGAUUGGGAAAAUUGUCAUCUAGGCCAGAUCCCUGCUAAUGCUAUCGUCACAGCCAAGUACAAGAGUGAACAGGACAGAACCAUAUUUUGGAAUCUACUGAAUUAUGGUCAACAGUUCUUCUCCUCAGACAUUGAGGGAGAUUUCCACUUGUUUGAUUCUGGUACCUGGUACAAUGAUUUAAUAUUUACUGAUGAUGCCGUCCGGUUAAUGAAACUGGAAAAGAAUAUGCAGAAUUACAGGAAUUAUUUGGGUCAGUCCUUCAUCAACAAGAUUGAGAAUCUCCAUCAGUAUACAUGUGUCCCUGUAAAACCUAGUUCUUCAUCAUCCUUCUCCCUCUCCUCCAUCUUAAUGGCAGCCAUUGUUAUCUCUAAGCUGGUUUUAUAACACACCAGACAACAAAAGUGAUCAUUCGUCAUCCUAUGGUUGAAUGUUAUGUGUGUGUGUCUUUCAGAUUAUUUCGUGUAAAUCUUCCAUUCUGUGUGAAUGAAAAUUAGAGGCAUUUCUUUUUGUAUUAAUCAGUGAGAAAAUAUGUGUAAUUGGCAGUAUGUAUAUGCAUGUAGCUUUGUACAAAUACAUAUCACUUUAUAAACUUUGUAAUAUAAAACUCUGUAGUCUUUGUAUAUCUUUUUUAUGGAGUUGAAGAAUGCAGAAGUAAGUCCCUUUCAUGUUGGCAAAUUCUUCCUCCAAAACACCUCAUUCAGGGAAAGGUUGUGCAUUUUAUUCCGUAAAUCACCGUAUUAUACACAUGUAAUUACACAAUGAAUUUCACUUAGUUGUAGCUUUAGCAACCAAAGUAGAAGUAAGCAAUAAAAGAAAAAAACUUAAAUAAUCCACAAUUUAAUGAUGUAUAGGCUUAACCCAUUGAUUUGAUAUGGACUCUUUAGCAACAAUUCCAUGUGAUGAUUAAUUUGUAACGUUUAUUUGUAAAUAUUACACAUAAUUUUAUUGGGUGCCAUUUUGUAUGGAAUCGACUACAUUCCGUGGUUUGGAAGUAAAUAUAUUCUACACAAGAGUAUGUAAUAUCACUGAGUGAAUGAGAGAGUGCUUUUUGUAAAUAUAUAUUUUUUAUAUAAAUCAUUUUUUAUAUUAGUAUGGAAUUAUUAUGUAUGCUCAGAUUUGGAUAAUCAACUUACAAGAUAGUCAGUAGAUAUUCAGUAGCAGAAUUACUCAUUUAUUUUCAUCUUUACCAAAUAUCACAGAACAUGAGAAACUUUUUUUAAGUGUGCACUAUUUUUUUAAGCUUGAACAAUUAUUCAAAAUUCAGUACAACAAAAUAUAGAUAUUUCUAUCAAAUUGUGAUUGUUAAAAAAGAAUUUCUUUGCAGUUAAAACUUUUUGAACAUUUUUUUUGUUACAAAAUGGCGUCAAUUUAUAUUAAGAUAUACUGGUUGAUUCAUCUGGACACAAAUAAAGAAAUAAAAAACUUAA